AUGGCUGUGCUUCUGUUGACCAAAGCCAUCGAGGGCCAUGAUGUUGCAGAAUGGUGGGCAUCUCACGAUUAUGAGAAGGUGAAGCUCUUCAUUUCCAAGGAGCUGGGUUUCAACAUCGACAUGGAACUUAAAGACGAUGGCUGCCACCUGAACAUCAAGGAGAACGUUGCUGAGGUGCGUACUGCCUUGGUGCGCUACUUCGAUGUCAAGGAGGUGUGGUUGUGGUGUUGGUUGGAGGAUGUGGCAGAUUUGGACAACAAGAAUAUGUCAAGUAGAUUGACAUGUGCGGGUGGUCCAGUGGCGGUCAUAUUUGGGAGCAUGGGUUUGUGCCAGGUUGGACAGCCUGUUGUGCAGCAGCAGGCCCAGGCGGAUGCAGGGGACGGACCUGUCCAGAGAAGCUUCAUGAUCGAGUUCCACUCGAAGCAACACUUUGCUCAGCGUAGUGACCUGCUCACCCUGCUCAAAGCCCUUGCGUGGCUAGCCUGCAUGGGCUUUCUUUUUGAUGGGUUGGUGGGUAGGCCUACUUUGUACUUCAAGAUGGCUAUCCCGUUGCGGAACGGUUUCCGUGCUCGAGUUGAUGCUGACUGUCCAUCUUUGGCCAGUUGGCAGGCUUUCACGAAAGCGAUGGAACCGCUGGGACUGCUUCGUGCGGUGGAUGCCGUGGAUUUGGCGAAUGCCGCGAAGGCUCACAAGGCAAAGGCAUUGGGGAGUGUGAAACGAUGUGCACGUGCCGAAGCCUCCAGUGUUCGCAGUUGUCGCAACUCUGUGGACGAAGGCCUGGUUGAGGAGGACAACAUGCCUGACACUGCCAUGGAGAUGCUGUGCGGCAGAUUGAAAAUGUGGAUGUUCGGUGCCGUGGCGGGCUGUGGUGAAGCAAACUGGCCAUAUAGGCGGUACUUGGAGAUGGCGGACACAGACCGCUGUUGGUUGCGGGGAGAACUGAACAGGUUGAGGCAUGGUUUCGGCCAGGGCCUGCAGGGCCGGUCACGGGAGGGUUGUGGCCGGGGCUAA